GACUACGCCGCAACGCGUGUGAGCGAAAUUCGCGUCAUGGAGUCCACAGGCAGAUAUUGUCUCAGGCAGAAUGUCGAUGCAAUGACUCCUGCAAUUCACCAUGUUCGAGAUUUUCUGGAUCCUAGCCUUUUCUGUACUGUUCACUACAGUACUGCUAAAUUUGAUAGCGUUCGUUGGCUGAAAGAUGGAGAAAGUGUCGAUACGCUAGCAGAUACCGGCAGCAAGGACUACGUGGUCAAUGGACCAUCACUCAUUAUUUUGGGCGGCAAACAACAUAUGGAAGGGGACUACCAGUGCAUUGCUGUUGUAUCAGAAGUCCGACUUUCCAAUCGACAAGUAAUUAGAACGACUUUGGUUUCUGAUCCUAUAAAACUUCGAAGAGCCCGCAUCACUAAAUUCGACCAAACUACUAAUCAUUAUGUACAUGUUGAGCAAGGCCAGGUAGCUCGCCUUCCUUGUGCUGGUUUACCCGACGUUGUUCCUGGCCCUGCAGAAAUAUGCUUCAUAAAAAGCGAAUCUAACUUUGAUGGUUGUUUGAGUGAUAAAGUCGACUCCAAUUACCUCUCCACAGCUACUGGAAUGCAGAUCUCUGUAGUGCAGCCGCAUCAUGCGGGGGAGUAUUACUGCGUUGUUCGAAAUGAGUACACGAAGCAGACGCGAAGAAGUCCCCGUUAUGUCAAGUUGAGAGUAUGUGCUUCGUUUAUCGAUUCAAAGACCUCAAUUGUUAGCCACGAGGUAGACCAGUCUAAUAAUAAAUCAGUUCCUCAACAACCCCAGUUGCCUCAGCUAGUAUUUCCGAGCAAGGAAAAUCGACCAGACAAUCCCAUAGUAGUCGACGCUGUAGCUGGUCAUGAUAUCAUUCUAGAGUGUGUGUACGUGCGCGCAAAAGUUAUUUGGACUAAGAUUGGUGAUUCGUCUCCCGAGAUAUCUUUGACAGAUGAUGAGGCCCGACUAAGACAAGUCUGGGGUAAUCUGAGAAUCCGUCAAGUCACGAAGGGCGAUUCGGGAAUAUAUGCAUGUUUCGGAUUUUCUCCCUUUUUGACGGACUUUUCUCUGAAGGAGGACCACUUGCAAGUUUAUUACCUUCUUGUUGUCCAUGCCCCAACUGAUGUGCAUCUUGAAAUGAACCAGAAUGCACGUGAUAAAAGUUGGCAGGUCCAUUUCAAUAUUAGCAUGUAA